AUGGCAGGAAGUCCAACAUUCCCACAUGCCUCUCUCAGUGCCGGGGUGCCUGGUGCCUCUCUCAGUGCCGGGGUGCCUGGUGCCUCUCCGUGCCGGGGUGCCUGGUGCCCUCCCCAGUGCCGGGGAGCCUGGUGCCUCUCUCAGUGCCGGGUGCCUGGUGCCUCUCAGUGCCGGGGUGCCUGGUCCCUCUCUCAGUGCCGGGAGCCUGGUGCCCUCCCCUGCCGGGGUGCCUGGUGCCCUCUCCCAGUGCCGGGGUGCCUGGUGCCCUCCGUGCCGGGGUGCCUGGUGCCCUCUCAGUGCCGGGGAGCCUGGUGCCCCUCAGUGCCGGGGUGCCUGGUGCCCUCAGUGCCGGGGUGCCUGGUCCCUCUCUCAGUGCCGGGGAGCCUGGUGCCUCCCCAGUGCCGGGGUGCCUGGUGCCCUCCCCAGUGCCGGGGUGCCUGGUGCCUCCGUGCCGGGGUGCCUGGUGCCCCUCUCAGUGCCGGGGAGCCUGGUGCCUCUCCAGUGCCGGGGUGCCUGGUGCCCCCAGUGCCGGGGUGCCUGGUGCCUCUCAGUGCCGGGGAGCCUGGUGCCUCCCUCAGUGCCCGGUGCCUGGUGCCCCUUCAGUGCCGGUGCCUGGUGCCCCUCCUCAGUGCCGGGGAGCCUGGUGCCUCCCCAGUGCCAGGGUGCCUGGUGCCUCCUCACUGCCAGGGUGCCUGGGCCUCCCUCAGUGCCGGGGGGCCUGAUGUCUCAGUGCCGGGGUGCCUGGUGCCCCCAGUGCCGGGGAGCCUGGUGCCUCUCCUCAGUGCCGGGGUGCCUGGGGCCUCUCUCCAGUGCCGGGUGCCUGGCCCCUCAGUGCCGGGGUGCCUGGUGCCCCCUCUCAGUGCCGGGGUGCCUGGUGCCUCCCCAGUGCCGGGGUGCCUGGUGCCUCUCAGUGCCGGUGUCUGGUGCCCCAGUGCCGGGGUGCCUGGUGCCUCUCAGUGCCGGGGGUGCCUGGUGCCUCAGUGCCGGGGAGCCUGGUGCCCUCUCAGUGCCGGGUGCCUGGUGCCUCCUCAGUGCCGGGGUGCCUGGCCUCAGUGCCGGGGUGCCUGGUGCCCCCUCUCAGUGCCGGGGUGCCUUGUGCCUCCUCAGUGCCGGGGUGCCUGGUGCCUCCUCAGUGCCGGUGCCUGGUGCCCUCAGUGCCGGGGUGCCUGGUGCCUCUCAGUGCCGGGGAGCCCUGGUGCCUCCUCAGUGCCGGGGUGCCUGGUGCCCCUCUGUGCCGGGGUGCCUGGUGCCUCCUCAGUGCCGGGGGUGCCUGGUGCCUCCUCACAGCCAGGUGCCUGGUGCCUCUCUCAGUGCCGGGUGCCUGGUGCCUCUCCCCAGCCGGGGUGCCUGGUGCCCUCCCAGUGCCGGGCCUGGUGCCCCUCCCCAGUGCCGGGAGCCUGGUGCCCUCUCAGUGCCGGUGCCUGGUGCCCCUCCCGUGCCGGGGAGCCUGGUGCCCCUCCAGUGCCGGGAGCCUGGGCCUCCAUUGCGGGUGCCUGGUGCCCUCCAGUGCCGGGGAGCCUGGUGCCCUCUCUCAGUGCCGGGGUGCCUGGUGCCUCCCCAGUGCCGGUGCCUGGUGCCUCCCCAGUGCCGGGGUGCCUGGUGCCUCUCUCAGUGCCGGGGAGUCUGGUGCCCUCUCAGUGCCGGGGAGCCUGGUGCCUCUCUCACAGCCAGGGUGCCUGGUGCCCUCUCACAGCCAGGGUGCCUGGUGCCUCUCAGUGUCGGGGAGCCUGGUGCCUCUCUCCAGUGCCGGGGUGCCUGGUGCCUCCUCAGUGCCGGGGAGCCUGGUGCCUCUCUCAGUGCCGGGGAGUCUGGUGCCUCUCACAGCCAGGGUGCCUGGUGCCUCUCUCAGUGCGGGGGUGCCUCGAGCCCUCUCUCACUGCCAGGGUGCCUGGUGCCUCUCUGCCGGGGGUGCCUGGUGCCUCUCAGUGCCGGGGUGCCUGGUGCCUCUCAGUGCCGGGGUGCCUGGUGCCUCUCUCAGUGCCGGGGUGCCUGGUGCCUCUCUCAGUGCCGGGGUGCCUGGUGCCUCUCUCACAGCCAGGGGGGCCUGGUGCCUCUCAGUGCCGGGGUUCUCGUCCUGCUGCAGCUGGUUAUUUCCGGGGUGUGGCUGAGCGCCCCCCUUAA